AUGGUUCAAUUCAGUUGUGCUGUUUCUCAUGGUGAAUUAUCCAUUUGUCACCUAGAUUUGCUCCUGAAAAUUGUUCAGUUGAUUGAGAUUCACGAGAGUAAUAGACUUUUAAUUUUUUUCAAACAGCGUACUCUCCAUGCCAGUUUUCUGAAGACACAAUGCUCAGACUCCCAUGAGAGAAGGACCAUUUUUGCACUGAGCUCAGGUCAUGGCAAGUGUGGGGUAGCUGUUAUCCGAGUGAGUGGCCCUGCUAGUCGGGAUGCACUCAGCUCUCUGACUGGCCAGAGACCUCUACCCCCAGCCAGGGCUGCGGUCAUCAGGCCAUUGCUGGACCCCAGGUCAGGGGAGCGUCUGGAUGUGGCCCUGGUAUUGUGGUUUCCAGAACCGCGCAGUUUUACUGGAGAGGAUUGCUGUGAGUUUCACGUCCAUGGUGGAUCAGCAGUAGUCAGUGGAGUUCUUCAAUCUCUGGGAAGUUUACCUGGGCUGCACCCAGCUGAAGCAGGGGAAUUCACUAAACGUGCUUUUCAGAAUGGGAAACUGGACUUGACAGAGGUGGAGGGUUUAGGAGAUCUCAUUCAUGCAGAGACAGAAGCCCAAAGAAGGCAGGCAUUGAGGCAGAUGGCUGGUGACCUGGGACAGCUCUUUCAUGCAUGGAGUGAGAGGCUAACUCAAUGCCUGGCUCAUUCAGAAGCUUACAUUGAUUUCAGCGAAGAUGACAACAUUGAGGAUGGAGUACUGGAUACCGUUGACAGUGAAGUGCGAGCAUUGCAGAGAGAAAUGGACAGUCACCUGUGUGACAGUCGCCGAGGCGAGAGACUGAGGGAGGGAGUUCAUGUUGUGAUUGUCGGGGUGACAAAUGCUGGGAAAAGUAGCCUUUUGAAUGCAGUCUGUCAGAAGCCAACUGCCAUAGUCUCACCUGUAGCCGGAACAACACGAGAUGUCGUGGAGACAGCCCUUAACAUUGGGGGGUACCCUGUACUUUUGAGUGACACAGCAGGACUCCGUGAGACAUCUGACACUGUGGAGCAAGAGGGCAUGAGGCGAGCGCGGCAGAGGCUAAAGCAGGCAGAUGUUGUGGUUGUGGUAGUGGAUACCACAGAGCUCCCAACAAACAUGACUGAUGCUGUCCAUUUUCUCCAAGAUUAUCUGAACAAAGUAGUUUUGCAUAAAUCUAAUGAGGAGUUGGAUAUAUCCAGCCCAAGACUGGAAGACUGGAUUGUAGUUUGUAAUAAAAUAGAUCUGGUUCAGGUGGAAGAUUUCAAACAGCUGCCCAAAAUCCAUAAAGAACAUGGACUGCCUCAGGUGUGCAUGCUGUCAUGUAAAACCGGCUGUGGUUUUGAUGACUUUCUACAUCUCCUUAGGGAAAGAGUUGAAAAGAUGUGUGGGAACCCCUUGGUUGGAAAUCCUAGUCUGACACAAGCCCGUCAUCGACUGCACCUCCAGAACUGUACCCAAUAUCUAAAGCAGUAUCACCAGAAUCGAGAUUUGGACAUUGUCCUGGCCACAGAGUAUCUGAGAAUGGCACUGAGACAACUGGGAAAGAUCACUGGAAAAAUUGGAGUUGAAGAAAUCCUAGAAAUUGUGUUCAGGGAUUUUUGUAUUGGUAAAUAAAGCAUCCAAAAGUGAGAGUUUAUUUUUAACUCUUCUUAUCAUUGGGACCUUAGAUCAGGUGUUUUCUAGAUCUUUAGUUCAUGUAGGAUUGUAGGAUUCAAGUGAUUGUUGGAUUUCCUUAAACUCCUAUCAACUCACUUAUUUUGUUGCGCUGUGGGGCCAUAAGCCACAUGUUAUGCAAGUAAAAUUGUUAGAAAAGUUUUUAUUACUGAUGAUCUGGACCAUUAAUUUAUUUAAUGUUGAAAGAUUUUGCUUGUGAGUAACUACCUAUUUUAAUCAAUGAACAGCAGAGAAACAGAGCAAGUGUAGAUAGCAAACAGAGAAGCCACUCUUUGCUGCUAGUAGUGGAAGAGGUUAAUGGUGGCUUGGAUGCAAAUCGAAUGUUGUUUCUGUGGCUGCAAUCGUGCAAGCAGGUUGAAUUGCCCACAUAGGCAGAGAAUAUCAGAAAAUAAUGUGAAUGGUCAAAAAUGGUGUGAUACAAAAAUAAUUAAUAUUACAAUCCAGUAGUUAAUCAAAAAUGACUAAAUGAUAGCGAUCAUAAUUGCAAUGGUUUCUUAAAUUAUAGGCAAAGUAUGAUGGAAAUGAGUGUUACUUUAUUGGGUUUGUAAUU